AUGAAAAAAGAUAAAAGGAUUUUUGUAUUAUUUUGUGGAGCGAAAGAUAGUGAAGGACAUAGUUGGUGUCCGGAUUGUGUUGCAGCGGAGAAACCUGUAGAAGAAACAGUGAAAUCAUCAUUACCAUCAAAUGGAGUUUUUAUUGAAUUUUCAGUUGAUUCACAACUUCGAUUGACAAAUAUUCCAACAUUAAUUGAAUGGGGAACGACUAAACGUCUUACUGAAGGUCAAUUACUCGAUCCGGAAAUGAUUAAAAUACUUUUUGAAGAAGAUUAA